AAAGUGGUAACCCUGAGCUACACUCAGGCUUACCAUGCGGCGUUGCUCAGGGAGUCCCUGCAGAGCUUACCUUGUCCUUCGCUCCCGCAAUGUGUCCCCUGCAGCGUCCCUGGCCAUCUCCUCCGGCCGAUGCCGGCAUCCGGCUUCAGUGUUCCGGUCCCUGUGACGUCGGGACGUACGGGCGCCGGAAGCGGCGGGAAAUUUGAAAAUUUAAAGUCAUUUUUUUCAAAACUAAUUUUACAUAUGCUUUGUCCUGUCCCCUGUCUGCAUUUUGACUGUUCUUUC